GGAAGCUUGUACGUGCAGGACUUUAUAAGCUACCCCUCUGCUGUACUCUGUACUCCAACCCUAGGCGCCGUUUUUCUUCAUCACUUCAUAUCAGACAAAAUGGCCGGCAAUGAACGAAAUGUCUACAUGGGCCCAGAUGCCUUGAAAAAAUACUUUGAUCCGGACUCAGCGCCUCCGCUACCCUUGGUUGAGCUGCCGGAGCAUCUGAACCCAUUCUACAAGGAUGGCGUCCGCAUCUAUGCAAAGAUGAUGACCAUGCAUCCAGCCAACAACGUCAAAUCCAUGCCUGCAAUGAACAUGCUCCAAUCAAGCGUGACCCCCUCCACCAAAACCGUCAUCGAAUACAGCUCCGGUUCAACCGUGAUCUCCAUGGCCAUGAUCGCCCGGGUGAUGCACGGCGUCGACGACGUGCGCGCAUUUCUGAGCAACAAAACUAGCGAAGCUAAGCUGCGCCUUAUGCAGUUCUUCGGGCUCGACAUCACGCUCUUCGGUGGACCCUCGCAGCCGGAGCCGUUUGAUGAGCGCGGGGGUAUCCAGAGUGCACGAUCGAUGGCCCUGGGGUCCAAGGAGAUCCUUAACCCAAACCAGUACGAGAAUGAUGACAACUGGGGGGCGCAUGUGCGAUGGACGGGACCACAGAUCUUCAGACAGUUACCCGAGAUCAAUGUGCUGUGCGCAGGGAUGGGGACCUCGGGGACUAUGACGGGUUUGGGCACGUAUUUCAAGGAUGUGAAGCCUAGUGUGGUAAGAUUGGGGGUUUGUACGGCGGCGGGGGAUAGGGUUCCUGGGCCGAGGUCGUUUGCGUUGAUGGCGCCGGUUGAGUUUCCGUGGAGGGCGGCAGUGGAUGUUAUUGAGGAGGUGAACUCUUUUGAUUCUUUCUCGUGGUCGCUAGAUUUGUGCCGUGAGGGUAUUGUGUGCGGUCCGUCGUCGGGAUUCAAUCUGAAGGGGUUGUUCCAGAUGUUUGAGAAGCGCAAGGAAGCCGGGACUCUGUCUGAACUCGCCGGCCCGGAUGGUCUCAUCCACUCCGUGUUCCUUUGCUGCGACCUGCCAUACCAGUAUAUCUCCGAGUACUUCUCGAAGCUGGGAGCUGACAAGUUCCAUCCCAUUCGCAAUGAGGUACUUCCCCUUCCAUAUCGUCUCCCAGAUCAUCCCAUACUCACAACAACAGGACUUGACAAAAGUCGACCUCUACCGCUACGACGAAAGCUGGGAGCGCAGUCCCAUCGUCCUUUUCACCCACUUCUACGAAUCCCCGAAGUCCCUCACCCAGAACCUCCUCUCCAACCUCGUCCUCCGCCCGCAGUGCUGCGUCCUUGACCUCCGCACCGCUCCCGACUUUUCCACCUGGCACCUCCCGGGCUCCGUCAACAUCCCGCUGCAAAGCCUCAACUCUCACACCCCGAAACCGUUUUCGGAUCCGCAGGUUCUGGAAACAGAAUGGCGGGAAUUGGAUGCGAUUUUCAGCGAUGAAAAGGUCAUCUCGCAAUUAAAGGGACACCAUGUGCUGGUGAUUUGCUACAACGGCGACACCGCGAGAGUUGCGACGAGUGUGCUCCGGGCAAAGGGAAUCGAAGGCGACAGUCUGCGGGGAGGAUACCAAGCAUUGCGCGACCACGGUCUGUGGACCGAGGGUGGUGUUGACGUCUCCGCGCCGGCGGAAGAGAAUCACGAAAUGCCCUAUCCGGCGGCAGUCCCGGUGGCUUCGGGCUCGAUGAAUUGAUUAAUAUCAUAAGAUUGUUAUGUGUAUAUCCUCAUGUUUAAAAGUGUUUAUAGGUUGAAUACGGAUAAUAGGAACGGAACCCGAAUCCGCCG